CCAGAGCACCGAACCGCCCCCCACCACCGCGCCGUCUUCCAACACCGCGCCGCCCACCACUGCCUUUCCGCCCAUCACCGCCGGGCGCUCGUCCCCGUCGCACCUGACGAUUCGUUCCGUGCCCCUGCAUCGCCCUGGUUUCAACAUCGCCACGGCCGCUCCGUCCUGUUCUUCCCCGUCGUUCCGGCCACCCCGCCCUCUGCUCCCGGUCCUGUUUUUCCCCACCACCGAGGAUGGCGAUGACCCUGUUGACCAUAUACCUGCACUAUGAAGAUAGAAAUAAAGAGGUCAACAUUCUACAAAGAUCCAUGACGAGGCGUUAUGUCUCGUAUUAUGAUUUAAUCUUGACGACCGAGGAAGUCGGCUUCCAACCAAUUGACUACCUAUACUAUCAGAAAAAAGACCAACAAGGCAACACAUACUUAGUUCAUAUCGAUGAUCCAAGUCAUGUGAUUGAAAUGUUGUCCGACCUUGAGACUGAGAAAACUGUGCAUCUGUAUGUGUCUAAGGAGAAGGCUAGCAAUGAUGUUGCUCCACCUAGCAGCCGAAAUGAUAUUGCUUCAUCUAACCAUCCAAAUGAGAGUGUGUUAUUACAAGAUGAUGGUCUCUCUACUGAAGUGGAAGAGCAACUUAUUGUGAGAAGGCCGCAAAGGCAAGUGCGUACGUCAAAAAGGUUGAAUGUGAUCCAGAUUACCGACCAACGGGAUGAAGAAAAUGGAGACUUCAACAAUGGUGAGCCGGAUAUCACACAAGGUGAUGAAUCACAAGCAUUGGAAGAUGAAGAUGACCGAGUUUGCAAUCAAGUACACACAGAAGUAGUAAAGCGCAAGAGAACAAGCUUGCCAAUUGUUUGGAACAUGCCAGAGGGGCAAAGAAUUGUUGUAAAAUGCAAUGAAGAAAGCCAGCCCAUAGGAGAGGAAGGUGCAAUUUUAGGGAAGUUUCUGGGCACGAUAACUAGAAACAGAGGAUUUUGCCCACUAGACAUAAAUGAUUGGUGCGAUGUCAAGAAGAAUUUUGGCGAGGAAACAAUAUUGCAGUGCGCAAAGACAAAGUUUGUGUAUCCUGCAUCAUGUGAAAAAUGGAUACUCAAAUCAACUGGAAGAGAUUGGAGGAAAUUUAAGUCUAGUUUGAAAAAGAGUUUAUUCAAACCGGCCAUUGAAAAAAAAUCCCGACAUAAAGAGGAACGCUUUGUAUAAGCUGUGUCCAGAUGAUGUGGACAGAGAUCAAUGGCGUGGACUUAUUAAAUUUCGGAAGUCCAAAAAAGGAAGGCCAUAACUGAGAAGAACAUAAUUAGUCGUUCCCUUGUGAAGAAUUCACAUAAUGCUGGGACAAAGAGUUAUGCUCGUUGGGGUGAAGACAUUAGACAAGUUGAUCCUGAAAAGAAGCGACCACAUCGAGCAAAGGUUUAUUUAGCAACUCACAAGAAGAAGAAUACUGCUGAAAGUAAAGAUAGAAAUGAACUCCUGGCUCGAUUGGAGAUUCUAACAACUCAACGCCCAGAGAUGGCACAAAAUGCAUGAUUCUAAUAACUCAAUGCAUGAUUCUUUUCUUGUACGCUCGAUUGCGCGCCGCUAGCUCCGUGGUAUCCUAGUGUCCAAUUCAACUCCUCUUCCCUCUCCAAGUGAUCUCCGCUUCUCAGGACUUUUUUCUCUUCUUCCUUACACCAUGGAAUUGCGGCUUCACCAUGUCACGACCGAGAGCUUACAAUAAGUAAAUUAUGGUUAUUAGAAUUGACGGAAAAAUUGACAUGAUCUUUACUACAAAUUGCACAUAUCAAGUGCCGAAAUUAUUACGAAAUGAAUGUUUUGCCAAAAAUUUAGCACUCGUUUUGAAUACCUGCAAAUUCACAACAUAUAAAUAAUUUGUAAUCAAUUCAUGCACACGAUAGCAUGGCACUAUACCGAAAUAUUUUCUACCCAAACUAGAAUCUAAACUAAAAUCAGUUACAUAUAUAAUGCGCAUAAAAUCUACAUUAUCCUAAGUACUUGUAAAAUACCCAAACUCUUCUUGAUGUGCACUGGCUGAGUAAAUGGGGUAAGGCGUGUGUGGAUGUUCAUAAUGCAUUUGCAAAUUGGAAUAAACAGUUUCGGCACAUUCCGUUUGCACAAAUUGCAACUUUUAGGAAGAUACGAGAAACAGGAGUGCCAUAACCGUGCGAAGCUAACUAUGGAGAAUGCGUAGAGAUGGGUGCGACCCAUGAAAAAAAAUGACAAUGUCAGCAAAUGAGUCGAAGCACAAUGUCGGCUGGCAUGCUCUGAUUGGCUUGAAUGACAGUCGGGCAAGCACAGUACAGUAGCGUGCAAGUUCACUGCUACACACAUAUAACAAAGACCAACGUUGUAAGAAAGACCAGCUUCCAGUUUCACCACUAAAAGUGAUCGAUCGAGAUGCAGGGAAAAAGGCCGGCGCCGUUCAUCGGGCCUGGACAGCCGCUCUUCAACGGCUCGGAGUACCCGCGGCCGCCGGCGCCGGAUUCCGGCAAGGGGAGCAUUUCAAGGGAACUCAAAGUUCUGAUAUGCCUAUGUUGCCUAGUGGCUUUUGGGAUCAUCAUAAUCAUAUUUAUCUGCUAUAAGAUAUGGAAGCAGAAUUCAAAAUCAGGCAGUCUGACCACUCAACAAAAAUCAGGCAGUCUGACCACUCAACAAAAAUCAGGCAGUCUGACCACUCAACAAAAAUCAGACAGUCUGACCACUCAACAAAAAUCAGGCAGUCUGACCACUCAACAAAAAUCAGGCAGUCUACCCUUGUCGCUGCCACGCACACCGCCAAGCCAUACUGUAGUAGACGUGGUGGAUAGCGUCCCGGCUGAUCUACAGAGAACUGAAUUCUGGAACGAAGUGAGCAAGCUUGCGACCUUGCAACACCCAAAUCUGGUAGCAUUCUAUGGUGUCGUGCUUGACCUGGUGCUUCUGUUGCGACAGUAACAGAAUACGUUGAGGAUGGUUCCCUUCGACAAGUUCUGCAAGGAAAGGGGAAGAUGAAUCGGCAUAGAAGGCUGCUUGUGGCAGUGGACAUUGCAAUCUCUAUGGAAUAUCUGCACGCAAAAAAAUCGUGCACUUCGAUUUGAAGAGUGACAACCUUCUGCUCGAUCUGAGAGACCCACGACGCCCCCAUAUGCAAGGUGGAUGUGUACUCGUUCGGCAUCGUCAUGUGGGAGCUAUAACAGGGAAAGAGCCGUAUUCUGAUUUGCACCACGGGCAGAUCAUAGGUAGGAUUGCGACCAACACCCUGCGACCUGAAGUGCCCGAGGAAUGUGUCAAAUGGUGGAGAUCCCUCAUGGAGCAGUGCUGGUCCAGUGAACCAUCAGAGAGGCCGACCUUCACCGAGAUCGCAAAGAGGCUGGGUGCAGUAGCUUCUGGUCCUGGCAAGGCGUGAAGAAGAAUAAGGUGCCGGAGCCAAACCAUCUUGCGCGAUCAAGCUAUUCCUCCAGAUUUUAUUUGUAUGGCUUCUCUCUAGUACAAUCCUGUGACGAGCCAUUAUCUGUUGAAAUAAAUAUAGUGAAACCUGAGAUGUUGCCCCGGAUGGAUGAUGUUACUUGGCUGUUGUCAUCUGUUUCCUUUGGUCCUUGGAAUAAAAGGAGUGAGAAAACAGAAUUCUGCAACA